AUGCUGGGUCCACUAGCAGAGCAUGUUGUAGCUCUCUGCCAGACCCGACAAGAUCAGUUGCAGUGGGUAGAAGCCCUCAAUCAACAGAGUCGUUUGGUCCGAACCUCCAACUUUACCCCUCAUAAAUCCUCGUUAACCUCUCCCCCUGUACCCCCAGCUCAUGUAAGUGUCUGGCCCAAUAACACUGGUGCUAUUGUCCCACACAGUCUGUCUCAACCUUCAGUGUGCAUGUCCUGUGAGUUACCUUAUUACCCCACUGGUGAAUGUGGUGCUAGUGUGAAAGUCAGUAGCUUUGAUGGAAAUGGUUAUUGUGAUCUACAGAGAACAUCUUGCCAUUGCACAACACCUGCUGUAGGAUGUAGCUUAUUUAGCAUGUCAUCUCAUGUGUUCCCAACCUUACCAGUGCUUCCCAGUGGUUCAUUUUAUGUCAGCAGGCCCUAUGCAAUCUUGACAAAAUAUAUUACCAAUAUGUACAGAAGGAAAAUUAUAACAAAAAAACUUUUAAGACAGUUAGCUGGAGACAGAGAAGAUGAAAAUGUAUUACAUGCAGUUCAGUUACGCAGACACAAAACAGAAUGUACAAUAAGAACUGGUAAUGAAUCUGGUAAUGAGUCAGAUACUGAAUCUAAGAACCCAAAGACAAAACACUUAGGUUGCCCAGAAGAAAGAUGUGAUAGAAGCAGUUCUUCCGAUGAUGGUGGAUAUUGGCUUGAAGACCCAGAGGAUGCUGUUGGUGCCCUCUCACCUAUUCCAAAGAAAAAACAAUAUCCUAUUAUUUCUAGCACUGCCUAUAGUAAUCUUCACAAAUGGAGAUGUCAACCAAGUAUAGCAGACAAAAGAUUUAUUAGUUCUUUAUCUACUUCUGGAGAAUCUGGUGUUUCCACUGAUGGCAGUAAUCCAUAUGGUUAUGUGAGAUAUUACAAUCCAGAUAACUCCAGUGCUACCUCAUUAAAAGUGGAAAGUCUGCCUUAUGAACAAAGUACAAAGCAUUUUACUUACACCAAGCCAUGCAGUGUUCAGCAAGAUGACUUCAUUAAUUAUAACAGAGAAGUGAAGAGCUCAGGUGAUGAAUUUUACUGUUGUCUGUUAAACAAAAACUUGCCUGCUCUGUCCCCUUUACCAGUUAAUAAAGGCAGUAAUAGCCAAGAGGUCAGUUCAACACAAAUUUCUGAGGAUUCUAAAAACAAAGUAAUGGAUGUAACACAAGGGCAAACAAAGCAAGGCUCUUUAAUAGUUACACCCACUUACAAAUUCUUCGAAGUAUAUCCUGGUAGAACAGACAGUGACUCUGAUGAGGCUUAUGAUACUCCAAUGAAGACUAUCCAUUCAUCAACACUGAACAUUCCUGCUGCUCCUAUAAUCCUCCCUAGUUACCUUCCAUCUGAAUCUGAAUAUGAAUCAACAGUAAGUUCACCAAAUAUAUGUGAUAGAACUAUAUAUGAGGGUUCAGUGUCAUCAGAUGAUGUGUUAGGUCUUGAUGGAGUGUUGGCAGAGUCAAGAGAUCAGAAAAAUAUAUUUCCUUUUAAAACAAAACCAGAUGUUGCUUAUUAUGUGUCCUCAUGUAGUGGGGAUGAGACUGGUGAAGAUACUAUUGACUAUUAUGAAAGUCAUAGAAAGCAAGUACCCAUGACCAUACCUCUGUCCCGAAGUGAGCCCAACUUGUGUCGAAAAAUGUCUUCAACUAAACAUCAUACAGGGACCCCCAAAUUUUCAAGUCAUUAUGUGCAGCUGGUACAUAGUGUGGAGAAUCCUGCCAAAGUAUGUAAUUGUGAAUCUCACAGCCACAGGUCCUCUGACUCAGGUCUUGCAGAUGUCAUUCAUCAUCUUGAGUGUUGUCCACUUAGAAGUGAAACCCCAGGAUUGGGGCGUGGGUCAAGCAUAUCCCGUUGUUCACACUCUUCACAGUUUUCUACUGUUAAAUCUUCUCGAAGUACAUCAUCAUGUCAGGGUCAUCCGUUUGCCUCCAACUGUAGUGCAGAUGCGGACAGCCUCUUACUAACACCCACUACAACACCACAUACUUCUGCCCCUGUGUCAUAUACUGAAGACUCACUUUCUUCUCUCAUAGACUCAGUUACACUGCAUCAUUCAACAUCUGCACAUGAAUUAAGCUGCACAAGUUGUUUAGAGCCACCCAGAGAAGAAUCAGUGUUCCGUUCUGGCUUGUAUGCUCACUGGUGGAUGAAGGCAAGUGUUUGUCCCAAAGCAUUAGUAAUGGACAAAUCUAAAAAAGACUACUUAAGAUUCAGAGUAGACAAGAAACCAGAGGUCCCUCCUAAGCCAAAGUUUCUUAAGCCAUCCUAUCACAUACGAAGAGGUGGGACUAAGGGGGCUGUCACAAAACCUACUGCCAGAUCUACGUCAACUCAAACCAGUUUUACUCAACCAUAUCAGCCAGUGAAGUUACAGGUUAUUCCCCAUGUUUCUUUAUCAUGUUUAAAUAAUAAUUCCCUUAGCAGCAAUAGAUCUGGCCAGUCUCAUGGUGAUGAGUCAGUAAGACCCAAACUUAGAAAGUCACCAACUCAUCUGAGUCCUCAGACUUCGAUCACCAUGUCAAGAGAUCGUAGUUUUGAAUCUCAGGCAUCACAGAUAUCUCAAGUGACAGUUAUUCCAAGACUUUCUAGUGCAAGGGGAGAAACAAGCACAGACUCUCAGCCAGAUCACAUAGCUUUACCAGUAAAAACAAACAUUAGCACCUUAAAAAUAGAGUCAAAGCUUUCACAAGAGUCAAGUGGAAACUCCUGCACUGAACUUUCAAGUCUUCACAGCUUCAGUGAAUCAUGUGACCGAGAUGGCAAUCCUCCUCAUCUACGUGAUUCUUCUGAAGGGCUUGAUGUUGAUUUCCAUCGUAGAGCAUCGUCCCAUUCCCUGCAUGUUGAUGUUGCUCCUUCAGAUGCAUUCAAGUCUACUUUAUAUUGCCAAUUGCAACCUUUUCCAUGUAUUAGCACUCAGAAAUCUAACUCUGGGUUCUUGAAGACCUGUAAUGCAUCACCUGCACUAGGAGUGUUUGUCUCUGCAGGAGAUGAAGGUUAUGAUAAACCCAGCCUUCCUCCCAAGCCUCUACAUCUACAGUUGUGGCCCAUCAAGCGAUCCAGGAGUCUCCCCAAACUGCCCCUGUCAUCCAUCACCGUCCACACUCAGAGCAAGGACUUCACCAGUUAAGCAUACCUUGGCUGCUCAUGUAUUUAUCCUGCCUGAGGUGCAGUCUCACUCAUUUUCCUGGAGAGCUCGUCAUUGGUGCCGCGGCAAUCAAGCGUCACCAGUGUUACCAGUAACAUAGACUCCCCGGCAAGACUGCGUCGAUCUGCAGCAGGCAAGGUCAGAGAGAUCAUCAUCAUCCCUUAUUAACCCUUUGACUGUUUCAAUUGUAUAUAUAUGUCUUACGAGCCAAUGUGUUAGACACAUCUUUCAACACACCGGCCGUAUCCCGCCAAGGCAGGGUGGCCCAAAAAGAAAAACGAAAGUUUCUCUUAAAUUUAGUAAUUUAUACAGGAGAAGGUGUUACUAGCCCCUUGCUCCCGGCAUUUUAGUCGCCUCUUACAACACGCAUGGCUUACGGAGGAAGAAUUCUGUUCCACUUCCCCAUGGAGAGUGUUAGACACAUAUAUAUCAAAAAUUCUAGCGGCUUCAAAUCAAGAGGGAG